AUGCUCCAAUCGCAAGACAAACCCCGAGGAAAGCGCGUUGUCAUCAUCGGCGGCACUAGCGGUAUAGGCUUCGGGGUGGCCAAGCUCGCCCUCUAUAGCGGUGCUUCUGUGAUAGUCUCGUCUUCGAAUCAGACCAAAGUAGACGCGGCGGUCAAGCGACUUGUUGACCUCGGGACAGGCCAGCAUGUGGAAGGCCGGGUUUGUAACAUCAAGGGCGGCGAAAGCGCCGUCAAGGUAUUCUUCGAAGGCUUGCCCGAGUUCGACCAUCUAGUCUACACGGCGGGAGAUGCCCUCCAGCUCGGCUACCCAGAUAUCGAUUUGAGCAACCUCAACGACGCGUUCGCGGUGCGCGCCAUGGGCCCCAUCUACGUCGGGAAGUACGCACCUGGCCGGAUGCCGCAGAACGCCAAUUCGUCUAUCACGUUCACGACCGGUGUUGCCUCUCGCAAACCCUGGAAGGGAUCUGCGCUCGUCGUCGCCGCCAUCGGCGCGACCGAAGCAUUCACCAAGGGACUGGCCGUCCAGAUUGCGCCCAUCAGGGUGAACAUCGUCAGCCCCGGCCUGGUCACGACAGAGCUGCUAGACCGAUGGCCGGAAGAGCAGGCGAAAGCCAUGGUCGAUCAAUCGCUGAAGACUCUCCCCGUGCAGCACGUUGCUGACGCCGAUGAGGCAGCAGAGGCGUACCUGUACCUUAUGAGAUGCUCAUAUGUCACUGGCGAACGGCUGAACGUCGAUGGCGGAGCUGUCCUUGCCUGA